AUGCAACUAGACACUUCCAAAGCGUCCAUGUUCAUGGCACUUCCAUCUGAACUGCGUAACGAAAUCUUCGAAUGGCUCGCACUAGGAACUGCCUUGAAUCUGGCACCCAAAGGCCGCAAGUAUAGCAAGCCCGUGGCGCCGUUACUUGUGUGUCGACAGUGGAACCGUGAAUACAGCCCGAUCCUUCUGGCCAACGCAAGGCUGUCAAUCCGCGUGGUGGCACAUCUCGACUUCAAUGUCGUCGCUACAUACCUGGAUGCCUUGCCGGAAGGGAAGGUCAAGGCAUUGUCGGCGAAUCGAAGGCUCUUCGUGUUGAUGUCUAUCACGCAAGUACCGGAACAGCUCGACCUGGAGAAUCUCGACACAUGGAUGUCAUACCGUUGCAAUGAAGUUGACCAUUCCGCGCCCAACAAGGACGCCACAGAUCGACAGCGCGCAAUCGUAAUACACUACGAGGGACUACCCAAACCUUCGCUCAUGUCGACUGGCGUUGCAAACAACAACCUCAACAUGAAAGUAGCUCUACUCUCCUCCGUCAUUCGAAUGAUACCACGGCUGGGUGGUAAGAAAGCCAAUCUGCCUGAGAAGGAACGCAUGAUUGUUGACCUUACACGCGGCAAGGACAACAUGAUAGGCUUGGUAAGAACAGACGAGGAUCGAAGGAUCGAAGUGGAUAGUUCUGGUAGCGACGCACUUGAGGACAUCCGGCGACAAUUCUUACCUCUGCAGCUUCGAUAG